CGGGCUGCCGGGGCGGGGGAGAGGCUCCUGCCGCCGGCCCGAGGAGGGGGAGGAGGAGGAGGAAGAACAGCGUCUGCGGCUUCGCAGGGAAGUCGGUCAGAAAAGACAGACUCGUUAGUGAGGGAAAGACGCAGCACCGCUUUAUCUCUCUUCACGUGUCUUCUCCCCCUGAUGGGGCUGAGCUGAACAAGCUCUCCUCUUGAAUCCUGUCAUAAGCACCACCAUGCGGGAACCGGGCUGGACCUGCCAGAGGCUGCAGCAGCAGUCUGGGCGGCCCUGAGCAGAAGCGACGAGUUCUGCCCUCUUCUCUGGGAUGAUUUAAAGAUAAAUUAAGCUUCUCUCUUAACAACCGGUUUAUCAGUCAUGAAACGAAUUCUUCUGGUUUUUAUCCUGGCUGCUGCUGUUAUGUAUGGUAUCCUGCAUGGAAAUCUGUGGAGAAAUAACUUCUACUGGAUUAGCUUUUAUGGACAGACUUCCUCUGUGAGGGCUUCUCCUUCCUAUGUGACUAGUGGAGUUACAAUCAGUUACAAUGAGUUGCCACCUACGGCUGUAGAGAGGAGGAAUGCAUUGGACACUUGUCUCCUGAAACCAGCAUUUGAAUCUUUACUGGGUGUUGACAAAAUAUACCCGUUCCUGUGCGCUAAUGAUUUUAUCAGAGUGGCAGGAUUCCAAGGGAGCAAUAAGUUUGAAUUACCUUAUGGAAUAAAGAAAGCAGAGCAAUUUUUUCGUUUAGCCCUUUCAAGACUGCAGAACUGUGGCCUUCCCAGUGAAGAAGACAGCAUUGCCUGUCGACGGUGUGUUGUGGUUGGUAAUGGAGGAGUACUUCGAAAUAAGACAUUAGGGGAGAAAAUUGACUCAUAUGAUGUCAUAAUAAGAAUGAAUAAUGGCCCUGUGAUAGGGUACGAAGAGGAUGUUGGGAGGAGGACGACUUUCCGCCUUUCUUACCCGGAAUCCAUCUUCUCAGAUCCCAUCCACUACGACCCUAACACCACUGUUGUUCUCAUUGUCUUCAAACCACGGGACCUGAAGUGGCUUUGGGAGAUACUUGGUGGUCAGAAGAUAAGUGCGAAGGGAUUUUGGAAGAAACCGGCUCUGAAUAUGAUCUACAAAUCAAGUCAAAUCAGGAUUCUUGAUCCCAGCAUCACCAGGAAAACUGCUUAUGAGUGGCUUCAUUUCCCAACAAGGUUUCCUAAGAAGGAGAAACCCAAGCAUCCAACAACGGGGUUAAUUGCCAUUACGCUGGCAUUUCACAUAUGCCACGAAGUCCACCUGGCAGGCUUCAAGUACGACUUCACUGACAGAAAUAGUUCUUUGCACUACUAUGGCAAUGAAACCAUGUCUCAGAUGAUGCAGAAUGAAUACCACAACAUCACUGCUGAGCAGAAAUUUUUGAAGAAGCUUAUAGACAAGAACUUUGUGGUCAAUUUGACGUGAAAGCUGAAUGGAAAACACAAAGAACAAUCACUAUUUUCAAGAUUUGAAAAAUUUUUAUUUUUUGUAUGACAUUUUUAUUUUUUAAGUGCAGCAUAACUGUUUACUGUUUAAAGGAGCCCAGAAACCUCAUCAAGGCAAAAGCUUCUAUGCCUGAGGAUAAUGGACUAUUGCAAACAGAGUUAAAUGAAUUUCUGUGAAGCUAUUUAAUAGGGGGAAAACCAUGAAACUUUCAAUUGAAAGUAUCAGGGAUAUAUAAAAACGUGAUGUACGUCACUUACUUACCAGUGAGAACUCUUCUCAAAUGGUUAAUUCUCUGGAAUACUUUUGUUUCUGAUGUUGUCCUCCAAGAGAGUUCCACUGUCAAGAGACUGAGAUGACCGGUGUUCAAUCGGUAGGUGGAUGUAAAGUCAUGAAUAUCUGUCUUGUAUGAAAACGGCUUUAAAACUAUGCAUCAAAAUCAUUACUGUGAUUGGAGAAGGGGGAACAUAACAGACUGUGCAGGUCUUGUUCUGCCAUACUCCUGAGGAGAGGAUGUCCACCUUCAGCCAAGCAGCCACAGCUUCUGCACUGACCAUCACCUCUGAGCUUCUGUCUGCCUCUGCCGAAGUUGAAGACCCUUGGUCCAAUUUGUGGAGAAGUUGGUGUUGACGGUGCUUGUGUUGUACCUAUUUUACGGAAAAAUCAUACUCCCUGUGCUGUGCAUCCAGUAAAUUCUACACUUGCUGACUUGACUUAAAAAGAGGGAAUAUGAAGACUGAAGAGCUGUCCAAACUUCCUGCGUGUCAGCUCCCAGACCACAGCAGAAACCCAAGCUUGGACAGAGAUGCUCAUGCCUGAGUUUAGAGUCAAUGUUUGUUGGAGUCCUAGUUCUCCAUGACAGCAUCUCAUGUAUUAUUUUGUUUGGUCCUCAAAAACAGGUGGAUUUUUCCAAACAAGGACAACCUCCUUCCUCAGAUGCUGUAAUACAUCAAUACAAGCAAGGAAUACUCCCAUUUUUGGCAGUAGAGUGUGGUAGGGAGUAUCCAGGAUGUACCUCAGCUGAAUUAUCAUUUGGCAUCUGUUUACCUCUUUUGUCUUGAUAUUUAAGUUUCAAGUGCGUGGCUGAACUAAAUCAUUCAGUAAUAGGAACUUAAUUGACCUUUUAAUUGAAACAUUUAAUGGGAUGUCUGUUUCCUGUAUUGGUUUGUCUCUGACAAGCCUAUGAAUAAAUUAAAUCUUCCUGGGAAGGCGCCUGACAACUGUCAAAGAACAACAGUAUGCUGUCCCAGUUCUCUCACAGGACACCUGUGUAAAGUUUUUAUUUUAAUUAUGGCAGAAUUCCUGGAAGAUCUUGUGGUUAUCUUCAGCAAUCAUACCUUAAGAAGGCAAAAAUAAGUCCACUUAAAAAAAGUCUUUGAAGUUGGUAGGAAUACCAUUAUUGCUUUUAAAUAAAAUUAUAUAGAGGGUACAUUUAGGAAUAAUGCAAACAAUUGUGAUACGAACAUAAACCAUGGUAUUUGUUAUUUUCAGAAGCUGAGAAUUUCAAGAGUACUGAACACAAUUUAUUUUGCUGCAGCUAUAUAUAGAGGAAUAAGCAUUGAAGUAACCAAAGAGUCAUCUUUCUUGUGGGGUGCAGGGGUACUUAAAAAAACCCAACAAAACCACAAACACCUUCCCAUAGUUCUCGUUUCCAGCUUUAGCUCCUUGGCUCUGCCAUUUGGGAACUAGGGAGGGCAGUAUGGUCUGGAGAGGUGCCAAAGCUGAAGGGGAGGAGGCUUGUGUGAUUCCUGAGUGAUGCAUCACCUCAACUCGGUGAUUCCUGAGCUUUGGUCUAUUUCCAGCAGGCUGGACAUACCUGAAAUAACUCAAGAUGUCAGAAAAAUCUGUUGCAUGAGGUGGGUAAGGAUGCAGGUGUGUCCCAGCAAGGCACAGGGUGUGCCAUGGUGUCUUGUCUGCUGUGUGUCCCAUGGGUGCAAUUGCACUCCAGCUGUGUGCAGGGUGGCAGGUGGGAGUGUGGAGGAGAGGGGAGAGUGUGGGAGGUCCUGGGGCACUGGAACAGGUGACUCUGGUGUUGGAAAUGGAGGAAAUCACAAUUUCUUCACCAUCUGGCAGAAGGGCUAUUAACUUUUUGUAAUUUUUAUUUUUUCCCAAGACUUUGAAGAGGUCUUUGCUUGAAAAUCUGAAUACAAAAAAGUGGGGUUUCACUUAAGAAAAUAAUGACAGUAUUGUCUUUGUCGCUACCAGUAUUUAAUUCUCCUGGUUAUUUUGUUUAAUUAAAAAGGUUUGUAUAUGAUUCUACAGCCCCAGAUGUACAGUGAUUUAAACUCCUGACAAUAAUAAUUCCACCUGCAAAAGUUGCUGUGGCAAGGCUUUUUGCAGACAUAGCAGUGUUUUCCAAGCUGUUGCUGUGGAGGAGUCCCUGGUAGAUCUUGGACUGUGUUGAGAACCAAGGCUGGCAGAAGUGGGGGGCUGCCCCUUCACCCUCAAAAUGCACAAUUGCUUCCAGAGCUGGCACCCCCAGCUCUCCCAAUGGCUGCUGCCACGGUCCAGCUGCAUCCAUGUAACGUCUUACAGGAUGCUGUGCAGGAGGAUUUUUUUCCCAGGAGAACUGUUGAAUUUGUUUCAGACACUCUGAGGAGAGUUCUUGUGAUGGUGCACACUGCAUCCCUCUACUUCUCCACCCCUGUCUCCAGUUCCAGGAAGUGGGUAGGGAGCUCUGCUUUUGAAGAUGUGGUUAUUUUCUCUGCUUUAUUUCUUCUCCAGAGGUACUUUUCUCACUAACCUAAACUGAUUCCUUCUCCAGUUUUUCUAGCAGAUUUUCUGGUUUUUGUGGGGGGAUGGGAUUUGGAUUCUAGCUGUAGCAGAACAAACAAAAUAAUAGAAACAAAAAAAGCAGCUUCAUGGCAAAAAAAUGGUGUCUCCCAAACUCUUUGUACUUAAAAAAAAAAUCCCUUUAGUCUUUUUUACUUUUGCCACAUCAACUUUUUGAUCUCCCUAAAAUAUUUUUCUAAAAUAAUGUUUGGUGUUCUCGAUGAAUUUAAUAUGUUCCCUAAAAGCAUUUGUCCAUACCAGCUCUUUCUUUUUACAUCCUAAUAAACCUUCCCAUUGUAUGACUGUCGUACUUUUCAAAUUAAGCAGUAUUUUCAGGGAUAUUUUUCUCCCACUUCUGUGCUCCUGCCAGGGGCAUUAAGUCCACCAUAGUUACUGUCCCAGGGUGACUGGGUAAUAUUUUGAACGAAACCCAUUCUCUCAGGAUCAAGCCAAGAGCUGAUGCUGCUUGUAAACCAUGUGGUUUUUUGGUUGGUUAGUUGUUUUGUUAUUUUGUUUUUUUUUUUUUUAAGUUUUGUUUUAUUGUUUUUGUUGGGGUUUUGUUUGAGUGCUUUUUUGUUUGUUUUUGUUUUUUUUGAAAGCCCAGUUUGCAGGCCAGUAGCAUUUCUCCUCAGUCAUAAGUAAAGUAGUAAGUAAAGUCUCCUCAGUAAAGCUAGGUACUGACUUUUUUUUCCCACAAGAUAUUUUUUAGGAUCCUGUGUACACCAGCUCUGCUCCACCACCUGCUUCACGCACAUCAUUUCUGAUACUCUGCCUCGAGGAUGAGUCUUGCUUUGGCACUAACUUCAUUCAGGCAGGAACACCCACGUGUAGUGUUUCCCAGCAGUGCUCACAGGUUACACUUCUAUUCUGCCUGAGCACACAUUUUCACAGGUGUUUUGCAGUACCAAAGACUUGACUUAGGGCUUUUAGAAUAAAACAAUAAUGCUAACACCAAAUAUUUAGAUGGUUUCUGAGUGUGGGCUGCUAUUAAGACUUUCUUUUUCCCUUUUUGCCAUUACUGAAAAUGAAAUCUCUGCACUGAAACUUCCCUUUAAAACCUGUCCAGUCUUUUUUUUUUUUUUUAAAUUACAUCGGGUGUGAAGCUGCCAGCUUUAUUUCUGUGUCUGAUAACAGUGUAACUGUGUAGGUCCCCAGUGUCUCCCAUCAUUUUUCUACCUGAAGUCGGAUAUUCUCCCUUCUUCCUGUUCUCUAGCAGCCUGCUGAAUUUCUAGAUAGCAUCACCUUACAGCAAAGGAACUUCUGCAUUUUAUCUGCCACCCCUCUCAAAAUGCUGCACUGUCAGAAAGACACGGUUCUAAGAUACCAAACUGUGCACAGAGCAGGCAGGAUGACACGUGUUGGCUGAAAGCUUUGUUUGGCUCUGUCCUUAAGGAUGUUCCUUUGUUGGGAAACUAUUUUGUACUCUCUUAUAAUAAUUAAGAGAAGUCACAGACUAUUGCAUUAAAUGUGAAUCUGAGAGUGCCUAAGAGGUGUUACUGAGCAACAUUUCCAGUGACUAUACAGGUGAUAAUAAUAAUACAGAAUCUCAACUUCGGUGUUUAAUUAGCAUGUGGUACUUCUUGUUUUCAGUGCCAUACUUCCCUUUUUAGCAGUGCUCUGGGGGAGAGUAUAAAUACCUUCACUUUUAAGUGGAUUCUGAUUUUUAAGAACAUACAAAGCUCAACAUAUGUUUUUGGUAUUAGGAAAUACUUAUUUUAUUUGCCACUUGUCUUAAGUUUUAUAUGCCUUUAAAGUGCCACCUGUAUUUUGAAGAAUUCUUACAGUUGUUUCAAGUGAAAUUUUGAAUUCUACAAAUGGAAGGAGAUUAUUUUCCUGUGAAUAAACUG